AUGGCGGGCGCGGGGCCGAAGCGGCGCGCGGCGGCGGCGGCGGCGGCGGCGGCCCCGGAGGAGGAGCGGCAGGCGCGGGAGAAGAUGCUGGCGGCGCGGCGCGAGGGCGAGGCGGAGGCCGAGGGCGAGGGCGUGGCCCUGCAGCGCAGCAUCACGCUGCUCAACGGCGUGGCCAUCAUCGUGGGCACCAUCAUCGGCUCGGGCAUCUUCGUGACGCCCACCGGCGUGCUCAAGGAGGCGGGCUCGCCGGGGCUGUCGCUCGUGGUGUGGGCCGUGUGCGGCGUCUUCUCCAUCGUGGGCGCGCUCUGCUACGCCGAGCUGGGCACCACCAUCACCAAGUCCGGCGGCGACUACGCCUACAUGCUGGAGGUCUACGGCUCGCUGCCCGCCUUCCUCAAGCUCUGGAUCGAGCUGCUCAUCAUCCGGCCCUCGUCGCAGUACAUCGUGGCGCUCGUCUUCGCCACCUACCUGCUCAAGCCCGUCUUCCCCACCUGCCCGGUGCCCGAGGAGGCCGCCAAGCUCGUGGCCUGCCUCUGCGUGCUGCUGCUCACGGCCGUGAACUGCUACAGCGUGAAGGCCGCCACCCGUGUCCAGGACGCGUUCGCCGCCGCCAAGCUGCUGGCCCUGGCCUUGAUCAUCCUGCUGGGCUUCGUCCAGAUCGGCAAAGGUGGCGUGUCCAAUCUAGACCCCAAGUUCUCCUUCGAAGGCACCAACUGGGACGUGGGAAACAUCGUGCUGGCCUUGUACAGCGGCCUUUUCGCCUACGGAGGAUGGAAUUACUUGAAUUUCGUCACGGAGGAGAUGAUCAACCCCUACCGAAACCUGCCCUUGGCCAUCAUCAUCUCGCUGCCCAUCGUCACCCUGGUGUACGUGCUCACGAACCUGGCCUACUUCACCACCCUGUCCCCUGAGCAGAUGCUGGCGUCCGAGGCCGUGGCCGUAGACUUCGGGAACCACCACCUGGGAGUCAUGUCUUGGGUCAUCCCCGUCUUCGUGGGCCUGUCCUGCUUCGGCUCCGUCAAUGGGUCCCUCUUCACGUCCUCCAGGCUGUUCUUCGUGGGGUCCAGGGAGGGCCACCUGCCCUCUGUCCUGUCCAUGAUCCACCCGCAGCUCCUGACCCCUGUGCCGUCGCUCGUGUUCACGUGCGCCAUGACCCUGCUGUACGCCUUCUCCAGAGACAUCUUCUCCGUCAUCAACUUCUUCAGCUUCUUCAACUGGCUCUGCGUGGCCCUGGCCAUCAUCGGCAUGAUGUGGCUGCGCUACAAGAAGCCCGAGCUGGAGAGGCCCAUCAAGGUGAACCUCGCGCUCCCUGUCUUCUUCAUCCUGGCCUGCCUCUUCCUCAUCGCCGUCUCUUUCUGGAAGACGCCGGUGGAGUGCGGCAUCGGCUUCACCAUCAUCCUCAGCGGGCUGCCCGUCUACUUCUUCGGGGUGUGGUGGCAAAACAAGCCCAAGUGGCUGCUGCAGGCCAUCUUCUCGGCCACGGCCCUGUGCCAGAAGCUGAUGCAGGUGGUGCCCCAGGAGACGUAGCCGAGAGGACACGCCGAGUGGUCCAGCCAGCACCCGCUCCCCUGCGCCCACACCCGGUCCCUGCGUCCCCACAGCCGCCCACGCCCCUCACUGCCCCCACAGGCCACUGUGAAACUGGUACGAAUCUGCGUCCUGGGUCCAGCAAGGAGACUCGAGCCACUCCCCGGGGGCCCAGGCUGGCACAGCACUCCUGGGCCUCAGGGCCGGGCCGCUCCCCACCCUUGUGUUUGUUUUUUUAACUUAAGUUUUGGGGGGACACCACCGAGAUGCUCAUCUCAUGAAGAAGCGAGGGAGGAGACAGCACUGGUGCCCGGGCCCCUCCCCAUCCCCGGCAGUGGAGGCCGCCGAGGCUCGGACGCUGCCGUCCCAACCCUGGACUUGCACUGACAGCCAGGCCGCUGGCACCACACGCGUGUGCUGGGCCUUAUUUUUUAUUGUCAGGAACGUGGUGACACACUGAACACUGAGCCCCGGGCUGUCUGCCCCGCGGGAGAGGCAGGCCCUGCCCCGAGCAGAGGCUGCGGCUCCGGACGGUGAUUCCGGAACCCGCUCCAGGGGCGAGCCUGGCGGGGCCCAGGCCCCCUAGGACUCCUGGCCAUAGCCCAUCCCACGUGAGACGUGGGCUCCAGCACCCCCCAGGGCCGAGCUGCACUCCACAGCAGACACUCCUGGUGGGCUCCCGGCUGGGCCGCCCCUGCCGCCAGUGCCAGCUGCUCGUUGGGCAGCCCCUCGAGCUGUCUGGGGGCGGGCUCCCAGCUCCCCUCCCACUCACCCCCAUGGCUUGCCCAGUCUUGGUGCCCCCUCACCCCCCGGGCCCCUGCACACGGGGACACGUUCCCUCACCAGCCUGUGUCCUGGGCAGUUCUCCUUGCCGAAGGGUGGGUCGUCCUGGGGUCCUGCACCGAGACCAGCGCUCGGGCCCCGAGAGGCCGGGCACCUCCUGAGCACGGCUUUCCCCAGUGCUUGGCUGGGGGCACCACGUGAGGGGGUCAGAGGGGCCCCGCUCAGAGGGCAGGGCCUGCGUGGGGGCCGUGUGCCAUGGCCCUGGCUCUGGCCAGCCGGCCCGCCCCUCCCCCACCGCUGGGCAGACGGCCUGGGCUCUGCCGUGCUGGGGUUCAGCUGCAGGGCGGGGGCCGCCCCGGGACUGUCUGGGAUGCCCUGGCCUCCCUGACCACAAUCUGACACAUGUCCUGAGGGUUCUGUUGUGGGUUUUCGUGUCGGUUGGCAAAUCCUGGCCUGGGCUUCUUGUUCGGUUGCUUUGCUUCUGUUUGUGUUUUGUCCUAACAUCUAACAAGAUGCCGCUUCCAGCGGGCGGGGCUUGGCCUGGCCGGCGGCGUGCCGUGUCCUGGCCACACCGGGCCCUCCACAGACACCUGCGGAGACUGUGACGUCAAUGGCUAACCUGUUACACUGGGCUACUUAGGGUGGGGAGUUCUGGGUUUUUUUAUGAGUUUGUUUGUGUUUGUUUUUCAAGAAAAACAAUCAGACUUGUAGGUACUGCUGAGGGUCCUCGUGACAUUUCCUGGGCGCCCAGAUCCGGGAGUGGGAGGGGCGUCCUGGGGUUC